AUGCGUCAAGAUAUUACAGAUAGUAGUGGACAUAAACGAUUAGCUCAAUUGAUGAUUCAAAUGAGUGAAUGGGCUACAGCGAAAGAAAUCUAUGAAAGUCUCAUGCCAAAAUCUGACAGCAAUAAUUUCAUCAGUAUGGCGUUUUUACAUCAUCAAUUAGGUUAUAUUGCUCGUCAAAUGAGAGAUCUAGAUGAAACAACUGCUUUACUUCACAACAUUGGAUCUGUUCAACAAGAAAAAGAUCAAAUCGAUGAAACACUUCAAAAUUAUCUUCAAGUUAGCGCUAUUCAAGAUAGUUAUUUGCCCAUCAUACAUCCACAUCGAGCGCGAACUUUUGUAACAUCACAAACUGGAAAACUCUAUAUGCAUUCCGACAUAAGAUUAAUAUUUGCACGUAAUAAACUUGAUUAUGAUGAGCGAACAGGAGGUGGACAAUCUCAAUUAGUGACAACAACAGAAAUGCCGACAUCAAAAUAUUGA